AUGACCCUCGGGCCGCUGCUGCUGCUGCUGCUGGGGGCUCUGGGGGCGCCGCUCGCUCCGGGCGCCCACGGCUCGGAGGCCGAAGGCCGGCUCCGCGAGAAACUUUUCUCGGGCUAUGACAGCUCGGUGCGCCCGGCACGGGAGGUGGGCGACCGCGUCCUGGUCAGCAUUGGUCUCAGCCUGGCGCAGCUCAUCAGCCUGAACGAGAAGGAUGAGGAGAUGAGCACAAAGGUGUACCUAGACCAGGUACGGAGAUUCACGCAGGUACAUUUCAUGAAUCCUCACGCACAGGCUGGCCCUGCUGACUUCGUUCCCAUCCCAUCGUGGCCAGUUGGGGGGGAGCCUUGGGUCUUGCUGGCUCAUCCCUCCGGAUGCUGGUCUCCAGUGCUGUUAGGGAGAAGCCUAUCAGCCAGCCUGGGGUGGGGGUCCUGUCAGGCCUCCGGGUGCCAGCUUGGUCCUGGUCAACCCCCCCCAAAAAAAAUCCCGGAGCCAAUCUCCAGCCCAGUCUGGGGCCUUUUCCCGACUGUGGACACACUUCCUGCCUCCCAGCACCUCCUGGCACCUUAUGUCUCAGGUGGGCUCAAGGGCCUGUGUUUCUUGUUCACUAUUUGAAGACUGAACCCCAAAUGCAGCCAGGGUUUGGGGGCAGUAGAGCAGGAGCUGGGAGGUUGGUGCCCCUGA